ACUCCCAUUUGUUUUGCAAUAUGACCAAUAUAUGAUGUUUUGUUUUUUAAAAUUCCAAAUAUAUUUCAGGUUGUCUAACUAAAGAUGUUGAGAAGCAAUGAGGACCGGCUAAAAGGAUGUAAAGAUCUCAACCGUUGAUGGGUGUCCAAGGUCGAGACAAGGAAGCCACUAUGAUUUCACUGGUUUGAUCAAACUCUACCAAAGAGGUGGGGUUUUCAAGUGACUGCAGACGAAUGAAUGUGACUGUGACUCAAGCAAGAAGAUAGUGUUGCCUUGUCUGUGUUCCGAAACAAUAAGUGACAGAUGAUUCUUAAAGCAAUUCAUGGAGUACUUUGAGGAGCAUGGCUAGUAUCUGAGUAGCUCUGAAUACUGUAAUGAAUACGUAAAGAACUUGAAAGAAUAAGAUUCUUUGUCCCCAACUCACGGCAUUUCAGUUUAUUGCCUAAUUGCUACAUCUAUAUUCAGGAGCUCAGGAAAAUGGGUAGUAGGAUGUUCUUAUAAAGAUUAAUUUCUAUUUGUUGUUAUUUAUCUAGAAAGUCAGCAGAAAAUAUGGUGCUAGGCAUCCCGAUCAUCCUUGUUUUAUUAUUUUUUGAACUUAGCAACAGAAGCGAAGCAGUAAUGGCUAUGGUGGGAGACAAGACGAAGAAGAAAUCGACUGCUGUGACUUUGCAACAGUUCAUCUCCAAUAUGACUCCUUUAAUCGAUUUGGAGAAGGAAGCUGAGAUAUCUGCCUCUAUCUCUUCAGGUGCAUUAAGAAAUUUGGAUAGUGCUCAGAAGAGGGGUCCACUAUUCUGAAUUUGAAGUGUGUUGAUGUUCCGGUUGUAUAUUGUAUGAAUUACAUGCAUGGUUUUGAAGGAAAAAAUUGUCUGCAAAAUUAUUUAUUUAUUCACUCAAAUAAGCAUGAUUUCAUAUAUUAGUUACCGUAAACUCCUUUUUUUUUUUUCUUCUCAUGUUUGCUACCAAAAUAGAACAUUGAAUCACUCAGUUAUCUUAUAAUUUGUUUUGCAUUUGGUUUUCAAAGUAGACAGGGUUGAUGGGGAAAACAAUGCUUGAGUUUCAAUGAGUAGUGGUGGGAGCUCUUACAUUUUUUAUGGUUUUAGUGCUUUAUGAAUCUUAUGCAAGUCAAACUUUGAUUCACAUAUGUUGUCAUAUCUUGAAAAGCAUGAAUGCAAUAAACUUUGAUUCUGUAAUCAAAAUUUAUUAAGACUUACUGGGUUAAGGUUGUCAAUUUGUAUAAGGUUCAUGAUAGAUCUGCUUCAGAUGUGAAAUAGAAUAAAAGAAGGAUGAAGAAGACAGAAAAAUGAAUGAAGGUGAAGCUGAGAUUGAUAUUUCACAUGGAAAGAGACUAACUCAAAGUGGAGUACAAGCUGACCAAUACAUGAUGUGGUUAUAUUGAAACCAAAUAAGAGCUGACUAGGAUCCCCUUUGCUUUGGCAAGCAAGCUACAGUUUACCUACUAAAGGAUUUCUCAAUCACUGUUGCUUUCAAUUGCAUCCCAGAAGCAGGUUUAAAUAGUCCCUUAACCAGAAAAAGUGGCAAAUGAGUUAUUGAUUCAAUGUGAAAAGUUCUAAGUAUGGACUUUGGGAAUCAGAUAGAAGCUAGACUUUGAUUCAUUCUGCCACACCUUUAAAACUCUAAACCAGAUUGACAUGUUGUAGGAGGAAGGAUGCAUGCAUUGAUGCAGUUAAUCAGCAAAGGUGUACUAAAGUGACUCACUAUGAAUCUAAUCUGUCUUGUUUGGAGAGACACCCCCAACUUUGACAUUAAUAAAACUGAUUGAGGGGAGGCGCAGGAGAGCUGAGGUGGUUGAUUGGGGACCCUACUCCCUCACUGGAUAAGUCCUUUUCCAACUCUUUCGAGCUUGAAAGAAAUCACCAAGGAGGAGAAUCCCCAUACCCAGGGUUGGCAGAGGAUGAAGGAUUGUCUGAAGGAGAUGAAUGGAUGACUGGAUGAAAUGCGGGAAAGUGAGGAACUGAGAGUCGCCAACAAUCCAGCAAAGGAUGAGAAAUAAGGAGAAGAAAUUGCAGAUGUUGUGUGGAUAGAGAAAACAGGGGAAUGUUUGGUGGUUCAUUUCAAGUGUCCCUGCGGCAAAGGCUAUUAAAUUCUUCUCUCUGGAGGCAAAUGUUACUACAAAUUCACGUAGGUUCAUCUUUUGCGUCAUUUGAGGAAGUGAUGUUGUUGUGAAUCAUUCCUUUAGACUGCUAAGGAAUCUUGGAACUGAUUUUCAUUUCUUCUCUGACUUGUGCUGUCUUGGCACAUGUUGUAAUUGAAAGAAAAGAAGUGUAGAGAUUGGAAGGAUUUGUUCAUUAGGAAGAAAACAUUUUGUUGUCAUCAUUCUUUUUGUACCAUUGUAGAAAAAUAUACUUUAAUGGAAUGA